AUGAUUUCACUCACGAUUUUAUUCUUUAUUCUCUUCACACUCAAUUGCAUAUCGACUCAAAUUCCAAAUCCAAGCCAAUAUCGAUUUAGUCUCUCUACAGAUGGCAUACUGCAAGAACGUUUAGCUGUCGAUAAUCAAACAGGAAAAAUCUCUCGUCUCUGGUAUUCGAAUACUGGUGACGAAGAAUUUGGUGGAAACCAGAAUAUUUUCGUUCGUGACGAUGGUCGCACUUAUCUGUUUGAUUUCAUGUCAAAACCGCCCCAAUGCAUCGCCAAUCGAGGUGGCCCUUCUACAGAAAUGAAUUAUUGGCCAAAUUUGGUACAAUCAUUUGGUGGUGAAGCGAAGAACUAUGAUGAACUGAUAUUUGAUAGCGAUUGUGAUGGAACUUGUCUGACAUGGAGAGUGGAAUUUAAUAGAACAUAUCCUCACUAUCGUUAUGUGCAGCGAUUGUAUGUGAAAAAGUCGGAACAAAAGCCAAUUAAAUUGACGCUUAAACUAUAUGACAUCAAUACAGGAAAAUUGGUCUCAACAAGUGUGACGAAAUUUGUGAAUUGGAUUACGGGUCAAGUUCCUGAUUAUGAAUUUGAUUAUCCAUUGGAUCUGGAGAAAUGUUAUAGACCAUAA